AUGCCCCUGUCUUCCAAGCCCCCAGAUUUGUCUCCAACAAAUUCCCACCGCAGACAAUCAGUCGUUCUCACUUCAAUACGCAACUUCUCAUCACAAUGGUUCCUUUUACCGCAAGGCACAGCCAUCAUCGCCGCAAUUUUGAAACAACUCGACUAUCGCUUCGAUGGCCUCACAAUCAUCUCGUACCUCUUUUGGGUGACGGCCAUGGUUCUUUUGUUGCUCAUGGUGUGUCUGUAUCUCGUCCGGCUUGCUCUGUACCCUCGCCGCGUCCUCCAUGCUCUUAAGACCGACGAUGUCGAACUCUCAGGCCUCUCAAGCGUAUCCAUCGCUUUCACGUCCAUCAUCCAGAUGGCAUCUUUAACAGUAGUUUCAGGCUGGGGCGGGCCAUGGAGCAAGAUCAUCUACGUGUUGUGGUGGGUUGCUUUUGGGCUGGCCGUCGUUGUCACCGUCGUGCUGCCUUUCGUUUUCAUUAAGGUUUACCCCUCCGGUGUCCCCCACAUCUCUCCAGCGACCCAGCUCCCACUUAUUGCAGCCCUAACGGCUGCGGCCGGCGGUGGGACGAUAUGCAACACAGCCAUGCUUAGCAGCGACCAACAAAUCCCCGUCAUAAUCGUGUCGUACCUGCUUAUUGGCAUGGCUCUGCCGCUGGCUUUCGCGCUGGACGUGUUGUUCUGGGCGCGGCUUCUGGGCAACUACCAACCGCCGAAACCAAAGGCAUUUCAAGAUAUGAUCCUCUGCGGUCCUUGGGGACAGUCCAGUUUUGCUCUUCAGAUGCUAGGCAAAGCGGUCAUAGGGGGCAGUUUCGCUUCGUACGCCAGCGGGACAUUCUUGACGGCGGAUGCUGCGGCGCCAGUGGGAUACACCAGCAUUUUCGCAGGCCUGGCUGCGUGGGGGCUGGGGACUUUCUGGUGGUUCUUCGCCAUCAUGGGCGUCAUGAACGCGUCCUUUGAAGGGAUGAGACCGAAACCUAUACCCUAUACCCUUGCCGGUUGGGCACUGGUUUUCCCAUGGGGUGUUUAUACUAACGCUGCCGUUCAGCUGGGCAAGAUCCUGGACUCGAGAGCAUUCAAAGUGUGGUCUACAUGCCUGGCGCUUGUACUGGACAGACUAAGCCACGACUUGCUUUCGAUCCUGACGUCAAUCUCACUAGACCAACUUAAGCCUGUCGAAGCCGCACAGCAUGAUUCUCUGUAUGAGUCAACUGUCAUGAGCCACAUAGCACUUCACGGUACUGCCUGCAUAGGGUGUCGCAGGCGGGGCCGGAAGUGCGACCGCACAUUGCCAACGUGUAUGAGCUGUGAGCAACGGGGGACGAUUUGCGAAGGCUACGUAACGAAAUGGCCAGGUGUUGCAGCGCGUGGCAAGCUCGCAGGAAAGACUAUUCCUGUUGUCGAUAGUUCAGUUGCUAUUCCAAAGCCGAGCUCCGCUGCAGCAAGGGCGAGACAGAGACAACCACCACUGCUGCGAGAUCAAAAACACAUACCUGCGGAUUCUGCAAAUCGGCCCACUAAGCACGGCUCCCUCGAUGAUAUUCCCUUCCCAAAAAACAACUUGAGCUCGAUCAGUGAUGAUGAGGUCUCUAAACUGGUCCAACACUACAUCGGAGACUUGAGCAGUAUCUUCUAUCUCGGCAACGGUCCUAGCAACAACCCAAUGUUUCACUACGUUCUCCCCUUGGUGGAUAGUGUGCCUCCUAUUCGCUUCGCUCUUGCUGGAUCCGCGUCUUGUCACAUUGCUGCCCGAAACUCAGACGAGGCGCUCGAAAGAAAGAGUCUUCGUCUGCGUGUUCACGCCACGCGUCUUUUGCGGGAGAUGCUGCAAGACCCCAGCACGACGUCAGAUCAAUCCAUUUUGGCCAGCAUACUGAUGCUUGCGCAGCUCGACAUGUGUUCCGGAGACUGCACUGAGUUUGAAACGCACCUGAAGGCAGCAGCAGCUGUCAUCCGUCACCCACGUUAUGACAGCGCAACAAACAAGUAUUACUUUGAGCAGCGGCUUGCAUGGCUUGACAUGAUGAGCUCGACAACUUCCACUCGGCUUCCAAACUUGACAGUAGAGGAAUUUAAGACGAUACUUGGACGCCUCACAAGUAAUGGUGGUACUGGGGAGUGGAGCUAUGAUGUAUUUCUCUGUCCUGUUGACCUAUUUGAGAUCAUCACGGAUAUUACAAUGCUUUUCAAAAAGCAGCAAAAGGCGGCUGACAUUAGUCAAAUGGAGCUGCAGCAGAUCGAACAUUUGGGGAGUCGUCUACGCGAAUGGCAAUGCCCUAGAGAAUUUUCAGGCUCAAGGAAGCACAUGGUCGAGGCCUGGAGACUUGGAAUCAUGGCUUAUCUGAGACAACUGUUCCAUUUUACUGAUCAGGCCGGAGCAGCGGCUCUACUGGGUCCGAUUUUGGACCAUGCAAAACUCAUCCCACCGGCCACGUCUUGGAGCUUUGCCCUCACAUGGCCCAUUUUUCAGGCUUCAGUCACUCUAGGCGACGGCGCUCAGGAGGAAAAGACUUGGAUAAGAGAACACCUGAGGCAUGCUCUCCAAGCUGUUGGGUGCCGACAUUUUCCAAACGCGUUAGAGACGUUGGAGAUGGCCUGGGAGCAUCCUAAUCAGCUUAACCCUAUUUUUACCAAAUUUCAUGACCGCACUAUCAUAUUGGUGUAG